AUGAACCGGAAGAAGAAGAGGUUAGCGGUUCGAUGGUUUGACUGGGGUCGAACCGGGCUCCCCUCUCUCCAUCACCAAUGGCCAUCAGCGGCACCACUCUCCGCCCUAAAAAAACCUCCUUUAUCACCUUACCUUCCUCCACGCUCCUUCAGUUCCUCUUCAUCUCCGCCCUACUCCUCCUCCUCUUUUCAGUCUCUCCCUCCAUCCCCUGCAUCCCGUCCACACCCUCCCCCUACCCCUCCCCCUCCCCCCUCCUGGUCCGGCGACCUCCGCCUCGCCGAAUUCUCCUGGAACUCCCUUCCCUUCCCCUCCAACCAUCUCCCUCCGCCGCUUAAAAUCGCCGUCUUUUCCCGCAAAUGGCCCUCCUCCUCCUCCCCCGGCGGAAUGGAACGCCACGCCCUCACUCUUUACUCCGCCCUCUCCCUCCGUGGCCACCAAAUCCACGUCUUCACGUCCUCUCUCGACCAGCCUCCUACAUCCGUCAACUCGCCGCACCUCCACCUCCUUGCCGGCCCCUGGCGCUGCGACGAAGCCUUCUCCCUCUUCGAAGAAGAGCACGCCAUCUCCCCCUUCGAUGUCGUUCACUCCGAAAGCGUCGCCCUUUUCCACCGCUUCGCUCACCGCAUCCCCAACCUCGCUGUCUCGUGGCACGGCAUCUCCCUCGAAGCCCUCCAUUCCUCUAUCUACCAAGACCUGCUCCGCCGCUCCCAUCACGAACCCCUCUCCCCUUCCUUCAACCGCACCCUCGCCUCCGCCAUCUACAAAGUCCUCGACGAAAUUCGCUUCUUUCAUAGCUACGCUCACCACGUCGCCAUCAGCGAUAGCACUGGCGAAAUCCUCCGCGAUGUUUACCAAAUCCCACACGGCCGGGUCCACGUUAUACUGAAUGGAGUUGAUGAACACGAUUUCCGGCCGGACUUGGAGCUUGGAAUGGCCUUCCGGGAAGAGCUUGGGGUGCCGGAAGACGCCAAUCUUGUAAUGGGCGUCGCCGGACGGCUUGUGAAGGACAAAGGACAUCCUCUUCUGUUCCAAGCAUUUGCUGAGAUAAAAAAACGGUAUCCCAACGUAUAUUUGGUGGUGGCCGGGUCGGGGCCGUGGGAGCAGAGGUAUAGGGAGUUGGGGGGGAAGGUUAUCGUCGCCGGCGCACUUCCGCCUGCAAAGCUGCGAGCUUUUUAUAACUCGAUUGAUGUGUUCGUGAAUCCGACGCUGAGGCCGCAAGGACUGGACUUGACGUUGAUGGAAGCGAUGCAGUGCGGGACGCCGGUGAUUGCGACGAGGUUUCCGAGCAUUAAGGGGAGUGUGGUGGUGAGGGAGGAAUUAGGAAUCAUGUUUUCGCCGAAUGCGGCGGAGCUUGAGAACGCGAUGGAGAAAGCAGUGGGGGAAGGGAAGGAGAGGAUGGCGGAGAGAGGGCGGGCGUGCAGGGAGUAUGCGAAGGAGAUGUUUACGGCAAGGAAGAUGGCCAUGGCCUAUGAGCGGUUGUUUCUCUGUAUUAAAAAUGAGAGCUUUUGCAGGUACCCGCUUGAGUUUGAUUAG